AUGUAUAACGAUACUGAAUUAACAUCAUCAAUACCAUUAGAAUUGAUUUCAACAACAACAGAUCCAACAACAGCUACAUCGGAUAAUACAACAAUAUGUGCAGAUCAAAUAAUGAGUGAUGUAUUAGAAGGUCUAUCUGGUAAACUUCUUUGGGGUAUUAUACAAUUGAUUCUAAUGUUUUUUGGAAAUAUUGGAAAUAUUCUAACAUUAAUAGUUUUAAAUCGUCGUUUAAUGCGAAAAGGAGGAGUAAAUAAUUUAUUGCAAGGUCUUGCUAUAAGUGAUAUUGUUGCUCCAACUCUUGCUUGUAUUCCACAUAUCAUAUAUUAUUAUGGUCCAAAAACUAAUUACAAAUUAAUCAAUUUUGUCAAUUCAUUUGUUUUGCCUGUAGCAACAGGUGCUACAUUUUGUUCAAAUUGGAUCGUUGUGACAAUAACUUGUUUUCGUUUAAUGAUUGUGGUGAAACCACUUUAUUCACAAGUUUAUUGUUCAAGUCGUAAUGAAAGAAAAGCUUUAACAAUUAUAUUUUUAUUUAGUAUUUUAUCUAUAGUACCAUAUUAUUAUUAUCGUUUAAAUUCAGAUGCUCUAACUAUUGUAAAAGUUAUAUCAGCUAUAUUAUCUUUAUUAUGUCCAUGGGUAAUAUGUGUUGUUCUUUGGAUAUUACUUAUACGUAUUGUUAAUCGUGAAAUUGGUACAAAAAAAUCACAAGAAUUUAUUUUACAUUCAGAAAUAGUUGCUCAACGUUUAAAAUCAAAAUCUCGAAUAACAAAAAUGGUUUUAAUUAUAUGUUUUUUUAAUAUAAUAUGUCAAUUACCCGUCCUUAUAUUAACUAUAUUUGGUCUUAUUGAUAGUUGUCCAUGUGGAUAUAUACGUGCAUUAGUUUUUGUUUGUCUUCUUUUUAUAUCAAAUCUAUUAUUAAUUGUAAAUCAUUCAAUUAAUUUUUUUAUUUAUUCAUUAACCAAUUGUAAAUUUCGUUAUACAUUACAAAUAAUGUGUCGUCAUUGUUGUUUUUUUCAUGAUCAUAUACAUAGUCGAAUAAUGACACAACGACAAAUAAUGACAAAUGAUGAUCCACGAAAAAUAUCUGGUCAAAGAACAUUAACACCAAAAUAUGAAUGUAAUACAUGUUCAAAUUCUAAAAGUCGAGAAAGUCCACGUUUAAUGUUAGCAAUGCGUACAAUAAAUCCAUCUAGAUUUAAUAUGAAAAACACUCAAUCAGGACGUAUUGCUUUGUAG